UACUACUGUAGCACCACUAACUAUUACUACUACUACUACUACUACUAUUACUACUGUAGCACUACCACUACUAUUACUACUAUUACUACUUUUACUACUACUACUACUACUACUGUAGCACUACUAAACUACUACUACUACUACUACUACUGUAGUACUACUACUACUACUACUACAGUAGCACCUCUAACUAUUACUACUACUCCUACUACUACUACUGUAGAACCACCAACUGUUACUACUACUACUACUACUACUACUACUACUACUAUAGUACCACUAACAACUACUACUACUACUACUACUACUACUACUACAGUAGCACCACUAACUAUUACUACUACUACUACUACCGUAGCACCACUAACUAACUAUUACUACUACUACUACUACUACUACUACUACUGUAGCACCACUAACUAUUACUACUACUACUAUUACUAAUACUACUGCUACUACUGUAGCACUACUAACUACUACUACUACUACUUCUACUACUGUAGCACCAGUAAUUACUACUACUUCUACUACUACUACUACUACUACUGUAGCACCACUAACUACUAAUACUACUACUGUAGCACUACUACUACUACUACUACUACUACUAUUACUACUACUACUACUACUACUGUAGCACCACUAACUACUAAUACUACUACUACUACUACUACUGUAGCACUACUACUACUAUUACUACUACUACUACUACUACUUUAGCACUACUACUACUACUACUACUGUAGCACUACUACUACUACUACUACUACUACUACUACUACUACUACUACUGUAGCACCACUAACUAUUACUACUACUACUAUUACUACUACUACUAUUACUACUGUAGCACUACCACUACUAUUACUACUAUUACUACUGUAGCACUACUAACUACUACUACUACUACUACUACUACUGUAGCACCACUAACUACUACUACUGUAGCACCACUAACUAUUACUACUACUACUACUACUGUAGCACCACUAACUAUUACUACUACUACUACUACUACUACUACUACUAUAGCACCACUAACUAUUACUACUACUACUACUACUAUAGCACCACUAACUACUACUACUGUAGCACCACUAACUACUACUACUACUACUACUACUACUACUACUACUACUACUGUAGCACCACUAACUACUACUACUGUAGCACCACUAACUACUACUAUAACUACUACUACUACUACGCUUCUAAUGGUGCUACUUGAAUGCUGAUCGAUGUUCUCCUGGUUGUAAGAUAACUGGUAUAACGUUGCAUUAAAUUGUAUGUAUGUUUAUGUUGUACAUUUUAUAUUGUCCUUACUGACUCUCUCUCUCCCUCCACAGUACCUGUUAGAAAUGAAAAGUUUAAUACUGCCCCCAGAGCACAUUCUGAAGCGAGGGGACAGUGAGGCCAUAGCCUACGCAUUCUUUCACCUGCAGCACUGGAAGAGGGUGGAGGGGGCCCUUAACCUGCUCCACUGUACCUGGGAGGGCAGUGAGUAACACACAAACAACAUCAGCUUUACCUUAUAUGCCAUAACUUCAUUGUUUACACAUUUUGCCUUUACUCUGUAACACACACAUGCACACAUUUUGAGGGCAGUGAGUACAGCACACAUUUUGAGGGCAGUGAGUACAUCACACAUUUUGAGGGCAGUGAGUACAUCACACAUUUUGAGGGCAGUGAGUACAUCACACAUUUUGAGGGCAGUGAGUACAUCACACAUUUUCAGGUUUUUCUAAUGGUACUCCAUUUUGAUGCAUAACUCUGCCACACUACUUAGCUCAACCUUUGUACCUGACUGUACCUAUUCUGACUGCUGUGUCCUCUUUCCUUCCCAGCUUUUAGAAUGAUCCCCUACCCUCUGGAGAAAGGCCACCUCUUCUACCCAUACCCCAUCUGCACAGAGACCGCAGACAGAGAGCUGCUACCAAGUAAGAGACGCUCUGGAUUCAACUGUGUGUGUGUGUACAGUGUGUUGGCUCUCUCUGUAUUUCUCUCAUGUGGAAGCAGUGUUUGUCACAUGCUUGGUAAACAACAGGUGUAGACUAACAGUGAAAUGCUUACUUACGGCCCUUCACAACAAUGCAGAGUAAAAAAAAAGAGAAAUAGUAGAAAGAUUGAAACAAAAUGAAAAAUAAUAACACAAGGAAUUAAUACACAAUGAGUAACGAUAACUUGGCUACAGUGCAUUCAGAAAGUAUUCAGACCCCUUCACUUUUUCCACAUUUUGUUACGUUACAGCCUUAUUCUAAAAUGGAUUGAAUUGUUUUUUUCCUCUCAUCAAUCUACACACAAUACCCCAUAAUGACAAAGCAAAAACAGGUUUUUAGAAAUGUUUGCAAAGUUAUAAAAAACAACAACUGAUAAGACAUUUACAUAAUUAUUCAGACUCUUUACUCAGCACUUUGUUGAAGCACUUUUGGCAGCGAUUACAGCCUCGAGUCUUCUUGGGAAUGACGCUAUAAGCUUGGCACACCUGUAUUUGGGGAGUUUCUCCCAUUCUUCUCUGCAGAUCCUCUCAAGCUCUGUCAGGUUGGAUGGGGAGCGUCGCUGCACAGCUAUUUUCAGGUCUCUCCAGAGAUGUUCAAUCGGGUUGAAGUCCAGGCUCUGGCUGGGCCACUCAAGGACAUUCAGAGACUUGUCCCGAAGCCACUCCUGUAUUGUCUUGGCUGUGUGCUUAGGGUCGUUGUCCUGUUGGAAGGUGAACCUUCGCCCCAGUCUGAGGUCCUAAGCACUCUGGAGCAGGUUUUCAUCAAGGAUCUCUCUGUACUUUGCUUUGUUCAUCUUUCCAAUCCUGACUAUUUUCCCAGUCCCUGCCGCUGAAAAAAAUCCCCACAGCAUGAUGCUGCCACCACCAUGCUUCACCGUAGGGAUGGUGCCAGGUUUCCUCCACAUGACGCUUGGCAUUCAGGCCAAAGAGUUCAAUAUUGGUUUCAUCAGACCAGAGAAUCUUGUUUCUCAUGGUCAGAGUCCUUUAGGUGCCUUUUGGCAAACCAAGCGGGCUGUCAUGUGCCUUUUACUGAAGAGUGGCUUCUGUCUGGCCACUCUACCAUAAAGGCCAAAUUGGUGGAGUGCUGCAGAGAUGUUUGUCCUUCUGGAAGGUUCUCCCAUCUCCACAGAGGAACUCUGGAGCUCUGUCAGAGUGACCAUCAGGUUCUUGGUCACCUCCCUGACCAAGGCCCUUCUCCCCCGAUUGCUCAGUUUGGCCGGGCGGCCAGCUCUAGGAGGAGUCUUGGUGGUUCCAAACUUCUUCCAUUUAAGAAUGAUGGAGGCCAAUGUGUUCUUGGGGACCUUCAAUGCUGAAUACAAUUUUUGUUACCCUUCCCCAGAGCUGUGCCUCGACAUAAUCCUGUCUCAGAGCUCUACGGACAAUUCCUUCGACCUCAUGGCUUGGUUUUUGCUCUGACAUGCAUGUCAACUGUGGGACCUUAUAUAUACAGGUGUGUGCCUUUCCAAAUCAUGUCCAAUCAAUUGAAUUACCACAGGUGGACUCCAAUCAAGUUGUAAAAACAUCUCAAGGAUGAUCAAUGGAAACAGGAUGCACCUGAGCUCAAUUUCGAGUCUCAUAGCAAAGGGUCUGUUUUUUAUUUUUAAUACAUUUGCAAAAAUGUCUAUAAACCUGUUUUCGCUUUGUCAUUAUGGGGUAUUGUGUGUAGAUUGAUGAGAAAAAUAAAUGAUUUAAUCCAUUAUAGAAUAAGGCUGUAACGUAACAAAAUGUGGAAUAAGACAAGGGGUCUGAAUACUUCCCGAAUGCACUGUACACGGGGUACCAGUACUGAGUCGAUGUUCAGGGUUACGAGAUAAUACUGUGUUUGUUUGUGUGUGUGUGUAUAUACAGUGUGUGUGAAUAAAGUAUGUACAGUGUGUUGAUGCUCUCUAUCUGUAUCUCUCAUGUGGAAGCAGUGUUUCAUGAGGUGUCGGUAUAUCCUAAGAAGGAGCUGCCAUUCUUCAUCCUGUUCACGGCUGGUCUCUGCUCCUUCACCGCCAUGCUGGCCCUGCUAACACACCAGUUCCCCGAGCUCAUGGGAGUCUUCGCUAAAGCUGUGAGUCUCCUGCACUGGUCGCUUUCACACACGCACACAAACCAGUUCCCUUUCUAAGCCAUGUCCCCAUCCCCAAUAAGGUUCUUUUCAUUCAGAUUCUUCAUAAGGUGGCCAUUCAUUUUGUUGCGAUCUGCCGAAAUGUCCUCCUGUACAGUAGUUGUCAUCGGGCCAUUUUGGUUUAGACUGUAACAACCAUAGAUUUGCCUUUAUCUGAAGUCUGGAUGACCGGAGACUAGGCAAGCUCUAUACAAGUUGAUGCAAGAUCCUAUAUCAAUGCAAGUUCUUGUAGAUCAGUGGUGAUGCAGGGAAGGAAAUACGGAAAGGAAGCAGCUUCAAACUAUUGAAUCCACCCCCUAGAACCUACACAGGCCCGCCCCUAUCUGCCAGUGGAGGGCAUUCUCCUCUACGUGAUGUUCUUCCUCAGCAGGCCUGUGCUGUCUGAUGUCACUCCCCUGGAAUGUGCGUGAGCUCAUCUCUGUGCUCUGUGCUCCUGGUGUGACUCUAUCAGCAGCUACCAUCUCCUCUGCAGGGGCUUGCUCUGCUCUGUUCUGGCCCUGCACAGUUUUAGUUGGGUGCUGCCUGCGGAGAGCUGAUGACACACACACACUUUAAAUGCUUUAUUUGAAUCCAAAAAUCACAUUACAGUCGAGAAUGAUUCAAACAUUUCAAAGGUCACGGAUAUCUGGACACAGAAAGCACCUUCUCCAUACAGCUAGGCUGCCCAUGAGCGCUACUAUGGCGCAGUACCUCGCUAGCUGCUUUGCCUUUGUCCUAUGCAGGCCUGCAAUCUGAAGGCCACGUACUGUCAGCCUCAUAACCAAGGCUGUUUAGGCGUGAUAUAGUCUGGUAUUUCAGCAACUUAUCAGCAAAGGUAUGGUCAGACACACACACGAAGACAAACUAAUCAGCACCUGGUUUACCUGCUAGGGUAGAGGCACAGUUCCUCCCUUCCUUAAAGUAACUGAUCUAAUAUGAUUGAAUGGAUGAAAGCAUGACUUGCCUUUCACCUAUCGAAUCAUGUCAGAUCAGUGGGUUUUCCCAAGGGAAGACGGAAGGAAGUAAAGGUGCAUCUUCAAAGCAUUGGACAGUGCCUCUCUCUCUCUUAGCGUGUAAACAAGGCGCUUGUUCCACCUUUCUCUAUCUCUCUCUAUCUCUCCCUGACAGCCUUUUAUCUGCCAUCAGACAAAGCCAAACCUCUAUCACCCUCAAUCCCUCUGAGGGAGCCCCUAUCCCCCACACCGCAUGUUGCCAAAACACAUCAGAGAGGAGAGAUCGAGGGGGGGGUGAACAGAAAGAGGGGGAGCAAAAGAACAUCAGAGAAAGAGAGAGAGUGGAGAAGGAUGAAUGGGAAAUGAAUGGGGAGUUGACAGAGAGUCCACUACCACUCUUAGGGGUUAGAGCACAGUCAGUAGUCAACAUACCUGGGAGACAUGUUCCGGUUCUGCCCCAUUGAGCACAGUACCUAAACUGGCAUGCUAUGGUACUCCUAUCAUGGUCCUCUAGCUAACAUUUGAGGCCAACGACAACCCACAGUACCUACCUUGAAAUGUGCAGAGCUUCAGUAGAGAUGGCUACAUUCUCAACUGGAACGUUAUGGUGCUCCUAUCAUGGCCUCUCAAAUGCUCACUAGAGGAUCAUCUACAUACAGUACCUUGACAUUUUCAGAAAUAAAUCUGGUUGCAAUGGUUCCACUAGGAAUUGGUAUGGUGUGUGUGUGAGAGUUCAUGUAAUGUGUUCUAACAUCCUCUCUCUCUGUCUAUUUAGUUUCUUAGCACCCUGUUUGCUCCUCUGAACUUCAUCAUGGAGAAAGUGGAGAGCAUCCUGCCAUCCAGUCUGUGGCACCAGCUCACACGCAUCUGAUUGUGACCGGCCCAAACCGGCCCCAACUGGACUAGACUGAACCAGACUGACUGACACACCCUUUGUGCCAAAAUCAUGGAUUAGACGGCCAGAGUGGAUGGAAUGGAAUAGAAGAGAAAAGGGAAACAUGGAAUUCUGAAUCGGUUUUGACUUUAUUUGAUAUGUUACAUUUUGUUUUUAAAUCUCGAGUAAAACUGUUUUUUUUGUUGUACAAAAAAAGGUGAUCAAUUGCCAUCAUUAAAAAAGUGAAAAAAAUACCAAAAGAAAAGAAAAGGACUGUGUAUUGCUGCAACUUCUACUACGCCAAUUUGAUUUUGAUUGUCAAGCAUAUCAAAACUGUAAUAAAUAUUCCCGUGGGCCAUGGAACAUAGCUGGCGGUCAGGUGACUAAACCAUGUCUUGUAACUGGCUGGUUGAGGACAGGGGUGUGUGGUCAGGUCUGCUAUCAAUUUCCAACAGUUUCCAUAAACUAUACACUAAACGUUCUUUUAAAUUACAUAAAGUUUGUAUUUACAUAUACAUUUUUUUUGAAUACAUUUCAGAUAAACUUUUUUUUGGUA